AUAAAGCUGUUCUAAUCCAUUCCGCAUCGUAAGAAAAAGAAAAGAAACUUCCACCUUCCAGAUCCACUACCACCACCAGCCAAUUAUAUCUGUCAGCAGCAGCAGAAGAAAUAGAAGAAGAAGAUGAGGAGGAUGAGCGGUGUGCUUGUGCUCAUUUUUUACAUUUUAAGUUUGCUUCUUCCUCUCCCAACCACUACAGCUUCUUCCUGUUGUUCUAUCAAAGGGUUGCCACUUGUGAGGAAUAUCAGUGAGCUUCCACAGGAUAACUAUGGAAGGGGAGGUUUGUCUCAUAUCACUCUUGCUGGUUCUGCCAUGCAUGGAUUGAAAGAGGUAGAGGUAUGGCUUCAAACAUUUUCUCCAGGCUCGCGCACUCCAAUCCACAGGCAUUCUUGUGAAGAAAUAUUUGUUGUCCUCAAGGGAAGUGGAACUCUCUAUCUUGCAUCAAGUUCACACGAGAAGUAUCCUGGAAAGCCUCAAGAAUAUUUUGUGUUUGCCAAUAGUACAUUUCAUAUUCCUGUCAAUGAUGUUCACCAGGUCUGGAAUACCAAUGAACAUGAGGAUUUGCAAAUGCUUGUCAUAAUAUCUCGCCCACCAGUUAAAGUGUUCAUUUAUGAGGACUGGUUCAUGCCACAUACUGCAGCAAAGUUGAAGUUUCCCUAUUACUGGGAUGAGCAAUGCCUCCUAGAACCUCCAAAAGAUGAACUUUGAUAUCUACUCCUUGUGCAUAUAUGCUAACACACACCAUGGACUUUUCUUAUCGUGGACUGAUAAAUAUUGAUAUGGAAGUUGUCUUGAAAUUCAGGAGCGUUAAAGUGAUUUACCUAUUUUGCAACAUCAGCUGAGAAUUUCAGAAGUUGUAUAUAUUUGGGAACUUUUAAAUGUACUCCUGACUGGAAUGUGGAUUUUGAUGUUUUUCAUUCUGCUA